UCUGCUGUGCACCAACUGGGCUCCUACUCAGGCUCGAGCAGGCCCGCCUCCAACCUUCACCAUCCAGUCAGAAGACAGAACGACGAGACUCAACCUACGUCAUUCUAUGUAUAAAAUCCGCUGCACACUCUGUCUAAGCAGCCUAAUUACCUGACUCCUUGCAGAGUCAUAUGCUUAGGUCCGUGCACGCUUAACUGCAAAAUACAAGAUAUCUCUGACUUUAAAGAAACUGCCUUUUUGAUACACCUGAUUCCACUCUGUCCAGCGUCGUUGAUUUGGUCUCACUCUCCAGUAUUUAAACACUAACACGUCAUAACAAAAUGGCAGCCUCCUUGAGCCGGUUGCACCACAUUUCACUUCACGUUACAAACGUGGAUAAAAUAGCGUAUGAACUUGUUUCUAAAUUUAAGUUUAAUUUAUUUAGUGCGAGGUUGACGGAGAAGUCAAAACAGUUGGCUUUCAGGAAAGGAGCGGCAGUUUUCGUCGUCAAUGAAAGACCAUUGAAUGGAGUAACACUAUCGAGCAAGAGCAACAUUCAAACCGGGAUAAAGAACGACAAGGAUCCGAAAUGUCUCUACGAUGUCAACCCACACUAUUCCGUCGACACCGCGUCUAACGUCUGUUUCGAAGUAGAAAAUGUGGAAAGAUCAUUCAAGUCCCUUCGCAACAUUGGCUGCGAUUUCUUGGUGCCUCCGACAGAGGUGUGUGACGAGAAAGGGAUUGUCACCUAUUCAGUCGUCAAAUCAAUCGUGGGAAAUGUGAACCACACGCUCAUUGACACGAGUAAAUACAAGGGGAGUUUCUUACCCGGGUUUCAGGAGGUUGAAAACGUGACGGAAAACGGCACACCGGUGUCUGAGAGUACAGAGGAGUCUUGUCCAGUCACUCAUUUUGAUCACAUCACCUAUGCUUGUCCGAGACGGUGCACACCGCAAGUGAUGAGCUGGUAUGAGAGGCACUUUGGCUUCCACAGGUUCUUCAUUGACAGUAAUGAGGAUGUGGAUGAGGGCUAUGUUCUGAACACGGAGGGCAUUGGACUGCGUCUCACAGCCAUGGAGUACUGGAAAUGCAGCCAAACCGGAAUCAAGCUUCCCUUCACAGAUGACAAACAACCGGACUGCAAGUUUGUCAUUGCGGAGUCGCUGCCUGACCAAGGUGUAACAGUGUUGCUUCCGUCCCACUCAUCGCUCCUACCUGGACUCGAACCAGGGACCCUCUGCACACAUCGACAGUACAGCACAAGCAGUAACCAGGUGGACACCUUUCUGGAGCAGCACGGAGGCCCAGGGAUCCAGCACAUUGGAUUGUACACACAGGACAUCGUGUCCACAGCACAGACCAUGGGCCGGGCCGGAGUCCACUUCUUCUCUCCUCCGCCUGCCUACUACACCGAGGUGGGUAAGCAGCAGGAGAUAGAGGACGCAGGUUACGACCCCCAGAUGCUGUCUCAGCACAGCAUCCUCCUGGACACAGACCUGCGCCAGGUCCAGACUGACCCCUCCUGUCAGACUACGGACACGCAGAAGAAAAGAUACCUGCUCCAGGUGUUCACCAAGCCCAUCUUCUCAGAGGACACCUUCUUCCUGGAGCUAAUCGAGAGGAGAGGUGCGUCAGGGUUUGGAGAGGGGAACAUCAAAGCUCUGUGGAGGUCUGUCCAGGCAUACAUGGACACAGAGAGGGCAAAGACUGAGGCACAAGGAGAGAACACGACUCCCAGAACAUAACCCCAGAACCGAAGCACUGCCACAGCGCCUAACAUUUUACAGCGAACACUGCAGCGAACUCCUUCCUCCGCUACUCUUUCGUCUGUGUGAGGCUAAAAUACACGGAGUUUCCCGGGGAAGCUGUGGCUCGCCGGGGAAGCUGUGGCUCGCCGGGGAAGCUGUGGCGCGCCGGGGAAGCAUUGAAUGAUUGUGUUCAUGAGUCUGUUAUUAAAUGUGUAUGUUUUAAUGAUUUUUCAUUAAACCAUGUAUGACUAA